GUAUGCACAAAGCCGGCGCCAAUUUCAAUCGAGAUAAGAUUACUGCCUGUUCAUUUGCUGAUAAUCUCCGUUGCUGUCUCUCUCACUCCAAUCUUGUGGCUCUCAAAAAUCUCUCCCUCUCCUUUCUUCUCCGACUUAAACGCAUAAAACCAGAAGAGAGAGGGAUUCAGAACACCAUUUUUUCUCCAUAAACCCUAGCUAACAAAAUGACUAUUGCUUUACAAGCUUCUCUUCUCUGCAAGCCUUCUCCGUCUCAUACUCCUACUUGCUCUUCUCCUUCUAAACAACGUCUUCUCUCUUCUGUUCGCCGCCGUCACUAUCACUCUUCUCUUUCUCUCUCUACUAUCUCCUUAUUUGCUUCUCUAAAUUCCAGAUUUCGUCUCCUCCCUCUCUCUGUCUCUUGUACAUUGCGUCCGGAAAAUGCCAAUUUAAAUCCGGAAUUCACUUCUUCCGGAUUGACCUCUAAUAUAGAUUCUAGUGAACCUACAAUCGACAAGUUUGGCGGUGGAGGAGAUGGUUCUGUCGUUUCGGCCAUUGAAGGAUCGAGAGUUGAUGAACUUGGCGGCGAGAGUUUGGCAAGGGAGGUUGGGCAACUACAUACAGAGAAUGCGGUGCGGAGUGAAGCGAAGGAUGGCCAUUUCGUGCAAAACCAAGAGGUAAAUGGCAAACUACCUUUCAUCGUUUUUGUUCUGGGUCUUUGGGCGACGGCGAGGAGAGGAUUGGAGAAGUUUCUGGCAUCCGAUUGGUUGAGUUGGUGGCCUUUUUGGCAACAAGAGAAGAGGUUGGAGCGCCUUAUUGCUGAGGCUGAUGCCAAUCCCAAGGACGCUGACAAGCAGAGUGCUCUUUUGGCCGAGCUCAAUAAGCACAGCCCCGAGUCUGUAAUUAAGAGGUUUGAGCAAAGAGACCACUUAGUGGACAGUAAAGGAGUUGCAGAAUAUCUUCGAGCGCUUGUGGCCACUAAUGCUAUUGCGGAUUAUCUUCCUGAUGAACAAUCUGGAAAAGCUACCAGUCUUCCUGCCUUGUUACAAGAAUUGAAGCAGCGUGCAUCAGGAAACACUGAUGAGCCAUUUCUGAGCCCUGGAAUAUCUGAGAAGCAACCUUUGCAUGUUGUGAUGGUUGACCCAAAAGUAUCAAACAAAUCACGAUUUGCUCAAGAGCUUAUCUCAACAAUCUUGUUCACUGUUGCAGUUGGACUGGUUUGGUUAAUGGGUGCUGCUGCACUUCAAAAGUAUAUAGGGGGCCUCGGGGGAAUAGGAACUUCAGGAGUUGGUUCAGGUUCUUCUUAUACACCCAAGGAAUUAAAUAAAGAAGUUAUGCCAGAGAAAAAUGUUAAAACAUUUAAGGAUGUCAAAGGUUGUGAUGAUGCAAAACAGGAGCUUGAGGAAGUUGUUGAAUACCUCAAAAACCCAUCAAAAUUUACACGCCUGGGGGGAAAGUUGCCAAAGGGAAUUCUUUUGACAGGGGCACCUGGUACAGGAAAAACAUUGCUUGCCAAGGCUAUCGCCGGGGAAGCUGGUGUACCUUUUUUCUAUAGAGCGGGAUCUGAAUUUGAGGAAAUGUUUGUUGGAGUUGGUGCCCGACGUGUGAGAUCUUUGUUUCAAGCAGCCAAAAAAAAGGCUCCAUGCAUAAUUUUUAUUGAUGAAAUUGACGCUGUUGGGUCAACACGGAAACAAUGGGAAGGCCACACAAAGAAAACAUUGCAUCAAUUACUUGUUGAAAUGGAUGGUUUUGAACAGAAUGAGGGGAUAAUAUUGAUGGCUGCAACAAACUUGCCUGAUAUUCUUGAUCCUGCUUUGACCAGGCCUGGUAGAUUCGAUAGGCAUAUUGUUGUUCCAAAUCCAGACGUACGAGGUCGUCAAGAGAUUUUGGAGCUGUAUCUUCAAGAUAAACCUUUGGCAGAUAAUGUAGAUGUCAAAGCAAUUGCCCGUGGUACACCAGGCUUCAAUGGGGCGGAUCUUGCAAACCUAGUCAACAUUGCAGCCAUUAAAGCUGCUGUUGAAGGUGCUGAGAAGUUGACUGCAGCACAGUUGGAGUUUGCAAAAGACAGGAUAAUUAUGGGCACUGAACGGAAAACUAUGUUCAUAUCAGAAGAAUCAAAGAAGUUAACUGCAUAUCAUGAGAGUGGUCAUGCUAUUGUAGCCUUAAAUACUGAGGGAGCACAUCCAAUUCACAAAGCAACAAUAAUGCCACGUGGAUCUGCUUUAGGAAUGGUCACUCAGCUUCCUUCAAGUGAUGAGACAUCAAUUAGCAAGAAGCAGCUAUUAGCUCGUCUCGAUGUCUGUAUGGGAGGAAGAGCUGCGGAGGAGCUUAUUUUUGGUCAAGACCAUAUCACUACAGGAGCCAGUAGUGAUCUUCAUACAGCUACUGAACUCGCUCAUUAUAUGGUAUCAAGUUGUGGAAUGAGUGAUGCAAUAGGACCAGUUCACAUCAAAGAGCGACCAAGUUCAGAAAUGCAGUCGCGUAUUGAUGCUGAGGUGGUGAAACUCCUAAGGGAAGCAUAUGAUCGUGUAAAAGCCCUAUUAAAGAAGCAUGAGAAGGCAUUACAUGCAUUAGCAAAUGCUCUAUUAGAGUACGAAACACUCAGUGCAGAAGAGAUCAAGCGAAUUCUUCUUCCUUACCGGGAAGGACAAGUGGCUGAGCAACAAGAAGAACAAGUAGAAGAAGGGGAUCUUGUGUUGGCUUAGUGAUGUAAUAUAGUCGACCAUAAUCCAUAAGGGGAGGUUCUGUACAGUGUAUUUAAAGCAGUACAGGUGAUUAUUUAUAUAAUUUCUUCCAAAUUACCCCCUUUCAUGUGUUCAUAAAGUAUGCAAUAGAAAUUCCGUUCAUUUCUCUUGCACCCUGAGCAUCUCCUAAACAAAUCCACUUCCCCAUGCUAACAAACUACCCAUAUUUUACAGAACAACUCAAUGUACUAUUCCCAUUACAUGUAUUAUUUGAACCAUUUACCCAUUCAGGGUCAAAUUUUGGAGUUGUAUGUCUUUUUAUUAUCACGUCAGAAGUUACCAGACUAAAUGUUCGAAGGAAAAAAAAAAAAUGGCAAAUUGGAUUUUUUAUUACUUGUA